GAAUGAGCUCAAUGAACAAAAAAAACUCUUAAAAAAAAUUCGUACUUUUGUACCUUCGGUUGAAGAUGAUAUCAGUAAACUACGAGAAUGGAUAGACUUACCGGAAGAUAAUCUAAUACCUGUACCAGAAGAGGAAAUGGAUGAACUUUUGUUAAAUGGCGAAUGA